CCUAGUUUUAACGUAGCAAGAGUGAACCCACAAAUCUAUGUCGAUUUGCAUUUUAAUGAUAAAAAGAAAAAAAAUUCCUCUCCACAUCUUUGCAACUUCCUGCGCCGCUGCUAUUCUCUCCUUCUACGGUUCUACCCAUUCAGAGUCGGAACUAUACGCCUUCCCGUCGCUACCGUCACCCGCGGCCGUCGCCUCCGUCAACCGCGGCUGUCGCCUCCGCAGCAGUCUUGCUCUUCAACGGUAGUACCAGUGACAGUGACAGAUUGUUAAAAUCUUGGAAUGUGAAAUGUGCCGAGUCCAAGAACGUGAUUAGACAUUUUCAGGUAAUGAAGCAGUAUAAAAGGUGCAACAAUUAUCAUGAAUUCAUUGAGAGUUUUUUGCCUUAAGCAUCAUUCAUUCUCCUCUUCUUCCUCAACUCCACCAUAUUCAUUUCCAUGCAUCUCUCCUCUUCAAUUAUCGAAGGCAACUCCUUCCGUGCCAAAUAUCCCAACCAAAACCUCUAACAACCAUGUAGAAUCCCAGAGGAAGCGAAAGUUCAUCUCUCAUGGGUCUGCCAUAAAUUUAAUCAAACAUGAGCAAGAUCCACAACAUGCACUAGAAAUAUUCAACAUGGUAGCCGAGCAAAAAGGUUUUAAUCACAAUCAUGCUACCUAUUCAACCAUAAUCCAUAAGCUUGCUCAAGCUAAGAAAUUUCAGGUUGUUGAUGCACUUCUUCAUCAGAUGACUUAUGAAACUUGCAAAUUUCAUGAAAACAUAUUCCUUAAUCUCAUGAAGCAUUUCUCUAUGUCCUCUCUAUACGAAAGAGUGCUUGAAAUGUUUUACGCAAUUCAGCCUAUUGUCCGUGAGAAGCCUACUCUCAAAGCCAUCAGCACAUGUCUCAAUCUAUUGAUUGAAUCAAAGCAGAUUGACUUGGCACAGAAAUUAUUAUUGCAUGUUAAGAGGAGUCUCAAAUUAAGGCCAAAUACUUGUAUUUUCAACAUAUUGGUUAAGCAUCAUUGCAAAAGUGGAGCUCUUGAAUCUGCCUUUGAAGUUGUGAAGGAGAUGAAGAAAUCUAAAAUAUCUUAUCCUAAUUUGAUUACUUACUCAACUCUGAUGGAUGGGUUAUGUGAAAGUGGAAGACUUAAAGAAGCAAUUGAAUUGUUCGAGGAGAUGGUGUCAAGGGAUCAGAUAUUGCCUGAUGCUCUUACGUAUAAUAUUUUGAUUAAUGGCUUUUGCCGUGGAGGGAAAUUUGAUAGGGCCAGGAAGAUAAUGGAGUUUAUGAGAAAUAAUGGAUGCAACCCGAAUUUAUUUAAUUAUUCAGCCCUGAUGAAUGGGUUCUGCAAGGAGGGCAAGUUGGAGGAGGCCAAACAGGUUUUUGAUGAGUUGAAGAGCUCUGGUUUAAAACCUGAUACAAUUAGCUAUACAACAUUGAUAAAUUGCUUCUGUGGGGCCGGCAGAGUAGACGAAGCCAUGGAAUUGCUUAAAGAGAUGUCAGAAAUGAAGUGCAAAGCUGAUGUUGUAACUUUUAAUAUCCUACUUAAAGGUUUGUGCAGAAUAAGCAGAUUUGAUGAGGCACUGGGGAUGCUCGAAAGACUAGCUUAUGAGGGUGUUUAUUUGAAUAAAGGAAGUUACCGGAUUGUUCUGAAUUUCUUCUGUCAAAAGGGUGAGCUUGAGAAGGCUUGUGAACUGUUGGGUUUGAUGCUUAGUAGAGGCUUUGUUCCCCACCAUGCAACUUCAAAUGAGCUGUUGGCUCGCCUUUGUAACACUGGAAUGGUGGAUGAUGCCGUUACAGCAUUGUUUCGAUUAGCAGAAAUGGGGUUUAAACCAGAACCUGAUUCUUGGGCUCUUUUACUUGACUAUGUAUACAGAGAAAGAAGGUUGUUGUUUGCAUUUGAAUUACUUGAUGAGUUAGUUGCAAAAGAACCUAGAAAUUCUCCACCAUUUUGAUCUCAAUUAAUGAAUUAUUAACUUUAAUAAUUUGAUAUGGAGUUCUUCAUCAAUUCACUAGAUAUUUACCUUCUACUUGAUUUCUUGUGCUUUCAUGGAAUCUUUGGAACCUUCAAAUCUUUAGAGCAGUAAGCACAGGUACAGGUACUGCAAGAUUUAUCAAAGAAAAGACAACCUCCGGUUUGGGAAAUGAUACGAGGGUAUCAAUCAAUGGGAUAGGAGCAUGUCAAGUUAUUUGUAAUCAUCCGUUUUCAGCUAAAUCAGGCGGUGAUUUUGAUGGAAAUGAAGGGAAUGAUGAUUGGGAGGGUGCUUUUGGUGGAACUGGUGAUGAUGAUUUAGGUUGGGAUUCUGUUUCAUCUUGGUCGGCUGGAUUGACUAAGGACUAUUUUGAUGGAGAAUUUGAGUCAGAAAAUAGAUUCUAGCUCUACUGUUACUGGGCUAAAUGCUUCUGAGACUGCUUUGGUGGUGUCUAGUUUACAAGAGAUUGAUGAAAAGAUAAGAGAAUUGGAGGCAAAGAACUGAAAGAGCAAGGCUUUUGUGGAAGGAUGGGGUAAGAGGACGCUUGAGAUGAGUGUAUUGUUGAAGCAAGUAAAGGAGCCUGGUGCAAGGGAAUCUUACUUGAAGGAUUUAGAGAAGGCGAAGAUGUACCGCUUACAUAAGCAGAACCCUGAAGUAUACACAGUUAAGAGGCUGUGAGGCUUGCAAAAGAUUUAGUUCUCAUUGAAGAAGCAGAGUCGCCCAUCAGCGAUCGAGGGUUGGUGUGCCCUAUGGUGUGUCUUAAAUCAGAACAUUACACCUGACCAGUUCGCCAAGGAGACAGAAAUCUCUUUCUUUUUGUUAAAAAAAAAAAAAAACCUUGAAAUUCG